CUGCGGCACAUCUGCAGCUCAGCAUCUGUUUACCUGUAACUGUCUGAAGACUUCAAGCUUUCCACUAACUCAACAAGUGAUAACAAGGUCACUUAUCAUGGAUAUAAUCAUCACUAUGCUGGGUGGGACUUCCCUGAAUCUGAGGGUGAAUCCAGCAGACACAGUGGGAUCUCUGAAAACACUCAUCCAGAGGGAACUGCAAUGUGCACCUGAGAGCCAGAAGCUGACCUUUGUCAAUGGAAAGAAGAUAACUCUCGAUGACGACUCCAGGACUAUCAGCUCCUACGGUCUGCACUCUGGCUGCCAGGUGUCUCUGCUGGUGACCCAGCCCGCUCCCAUCCAGGUGUUCCUCAGAAAAGACGGGGUGACAAAAACCUAUGAAAUUAAACCCAACGAGACUGUCAGCAACUUCAGGCGCAGGGUCGAGAGCAGAGAGAAGGUCCAGAACGACCAGUUCAGACUGGUGCAUGAGGGCAGAGAUAUGAUGGAUGGUAAACUGGCAGACUACAACGUCAGACAACAUAGCACCAUCGACAUGACUCUGCGUCUGAGAGGGGGCUGAGGACACUUCACCUUGCUGAUGUAUCAGAGGGUUAAUAUAUAUUAUUUAAUUCUGAAUGAAUGAGGACCAAAUAACUUGUUUAUUUACUGUUCUUUU